ACUCUUGCAUUCCAAAGUUUCUUUGACCACAUUCUCAAUUCCUCUGAUAUCCUCUCAACAACCUCAUCUAUCAGCUUGACCUUACAACGAUCUGCUGUCGUAUAUAUACAUGCCUCAUGAUACCUUAAACGUGGAUCCAGAGGUCUUCUUUCGAGUGGAAAGAAGCGGUCAACCACUCGUCGUAUACGAGUGUAAAUUAGAGGGAGUCCCCUGUGGAAUGUUCGUGGAGGGAACUACCAGCGCAGUGUCCGCCCACCUGCGAGGACAUGGCAUCACCGGCCCGGACAGCAUCAUCACAAAUUGUCCGUGGGCUGGUUGCUCCAAGGCACUCAAGAGGGGAGGGAUGACAAGACACAUCCUUACUCACCUCGGUGUCAAG